AUGUCCGCCAUCCAAGAGUCGAUAGAGCCAGAGCUUGACGCUACCUCUCCAUCGCCACCCGCAAACACACAAGAUCCACGCCGUCACUCUUCACCCCUCUCUGGUCUCUCUGACGUCUCUCAAGUUCACUCGGCAAACAAGGAGCAAUCUCUCGACCAGCACCACCACAACCACCACCACCACAACCACAACCACAACCACAACCACAACCACAACCACAUCCACAACGACGACAACAACGACAAUGACAACGACAAUGACAACGACAACGACAACGACAACGACAACAAUGUGACCACCGACCAAGAUGACCUCGAUGACCUCGAUGACCACAAGCCGCCGAUGAUGAUGAUGCAACAGCAGCUUGACCGCCUAAAGGCUACAGCCUCCUCUCGCAACAGCACUGCCUCUCGCAACAGCACUGCCUCUCGCAACAGCACUGCCUCUCGCUCCUCGCUCAAGUCCGACCGCAGACAUCUCCUCGAGGCUCAAAACGACCCAGAUCUCUACGGCUUGAGAAGAUCCGGACGCGCUGGUAGAAGAUCCUACACCGACCUGGAUGCCGACUCGGACGACCCAGAAGCCUCGCUAUCAUCAAGACGCCGCCAUCUCGUCAAAGGCAGCAGAGCCUCUCUUCGCAGCUCCCUGCAGCCCAGCGACGAUGAUGAUGACGAGCAGAGCGACGACCCUGACGACGACGACGACGACGACGACGACGACGACCAGGACCAGGACCAGGACGACGACCAGGACCAGGACGACGACCAGGACUUUGGUCCUCCCAAGUCCAAGAGCAAGCGCAAAGCAAAGCGCUCAGCUGCUCCCCGUCUCUCUUCCGCCGACCUCGAAGUGUCUCGCGUCUCCAGCAGGAACGGCAAACGCAUCCCCAACUACACCGACGACUACGCCGACCUUGGUGAUGAGGAUCCCUUCGAGGACCAGGCUGAUACCCAAGCCCAGAGGUACGCUCAACAGCCUCCAGACAUUCAAGACCAAGACGACGUCAUCGAGAGCAUCCUCGGUCACGAGCGACACGAAGAUCACCUCGACGACAGCGAGGACAUUCCAACGCAAAACAUGCGCUUCAUCGUCAAGUGGAAACGUUACUCGCACCUUCACGACACCCACGAGACCUACGACUUCUUGAAGCCUUACCCUGGCUUCAAGCGCGUCGACAACUACAUCAAGUCCGUCUUUUAUCCCGAAAAGGCGCUCCUUUCCGACCCCAAUGCUUCCCGCGAGGACAUCGAAGCCCUUCAGAUCGAAAAGGAACGACAGGCCGAACUCAUUCAGAGCUUCAAGACGGUCGAACGUGUCAUUGCCCAGCGCGACAACCAUGCCAACAAGGAAGUGCCCUAUCCACAUCUCGCUUACCUCGUCAAGUGGAAGGGUUUGCCCUACGCCGACUCUACCUGGGAAGCCGAGCAAGAGAUCAAGCACAUUGCUCAACACGCCAUCACCGCUUACCUCGCCCGAUCCAGCUCGCUCACCCUCCCUUGGCGUUCGCACAACUUUUCUCAGGGCCGUCCCAAGUAUACGCGCAUGACCGAGCAGCCUGCCUACAUCAACUCGGGAACCCUCAAGGACUUCCAGAUGACCGGUCUCAACUGGCUAGCCUACCUCUGGAGUAAGAACGAGAACGGCAUCCUCGCCGACGAGAUGGGUCUCGGCAAGACGGUUCAGACCGUCUCCUUCCUCUCUUACCUCUUUCAUUCCUGCUACCAGUACGGCCCCUUCCUCGUCGUUGUGCCCCUCUCCACGCUGCCCGCAUGGAUGAACCAGUUGGAGCAUUGGGCUCCCGACCUCAACACUCUCGCUUACAUUGGCAACAGCGCCAGUCGUGCCAUGAUCCGAGAGUACGAGUUCGGCCCUGCCAAAAAGAUCAAGUUCAACGUCCUCGUCACCACCUACGAGUUCAUUCUCAAGGACCGCGCAGAGCUCGGUCACAUCAGAUGGCAGUACCUCGCCGUCGACGAAGCUCAUCGUCUCAAAAACUCUGAAGCCCAACUGUACGAGGCGCUCAACAGCUUCCAUGCUGCCGGCAAGCUCCUCAUCACCGGUACGCCCUUGCAGAACAACGUCAAAGAACUCAUCGCUCUCCUCCACUUUUUGCGACCCGACCAAUUCGACCUCGACGUCGAUUUCGACAUCAACAACGUCGACCAGGCCGUCAUCAAGCAACUCCACCAGAAACUCGACAAUGUCAUGCUUCGCCGUCUCAAGAAGGACGUCGUCAAGGAGCUCCCCACCAAGUCCGAAAAAAUCCUUCGUGUCGAAAUGUCAGCCAUGCAACAGCGCAUGUACAAGGCCAUCCUCACGCGAAACUAUUCGCUCCUCAGCGGCGCCACCACUGCUCAGUUCUCGCUGCUCAACAUUGCCAUCGAACUCAAAAAGGCCUCCAACCACCCUUACCUCUUUGACGGAACCGAGAUCAUCUCGGACAAUCGACAAGACACGCUCAAGGGUCUCGUCAUGCACAGUGGCAAGAUGGUCUUGCUCGACAAACUCCUUGCACGUCUCAAGGCCGAUGGACAUCGUGUUCUCAUCUUCAGUCAGAUGGUGCGCAUGCUCGACAUCCUUUCCGACUACAUGUCCCUCCGCGGUUACAUUCACCAGAGGCUUGACGGAACUAUCUCCUCCGAGGUCCGAAAGAAGGCCAUCGAACACUUCAACGCCGACCGCUCGCCCGACUUUGCCUUUUUGCUUUCCACCAGGGCCGGCGGUCUGGGCAUCAACCUCGAGACUGCCGACACGGUCAUCAUCUUUGACAGCGAUUGGAACCCGCAAAACGACCUGCAAGCCAUGGCACGAGCGCAUCGUCUCAACUCCAAGUUCCACGUCAGCGUCUUCCGACUACUCACCAAGGACACCGUGGAGGAGGAUGUGCUCGAGAGAGCCAAGCGCAAGAUGGUGCUCGAGUAUGCCAUCAUCCACCAGAUGGACACUUCAGGAACCAACUUUGCGCCUAAAGCCUCUGCCAAGAACCAACAGCAAUUCAGCAAAGAGGAGCUCGGAGCUAUCCUCAAGUUUGGCGCUCAAAACAUGUUUAAGAGCGACAACGAAGACGGUCAGCAGAAAAAGCUUGACGAGAUGGACCUCGACGAUAUCCUCUCGCAUGCAGAGGCCCACGAGACCGAGGUAGACCCAACAGGCAGCUCCGCCGGUGGUCAAGACUUUCUCAAGUCCUUUGCCCAAGUGCAAGACUUUAAGGCCGACCUCAGCUGGGACGACAUUAUCCCUCUGCAAGAGCGUCAGAAGGUCGAGCAAGAGCAACGCAACAAGGCGGUCGAGGAUGCUGCUGCUGCUGCUGCUGCUGCUGCUGCUGCCGGCUCUUCGCGAAGACGUGCUGCCGCGCAGGUGGCUCCAGGUGCCUAUGAUAACGGCCAAACUGAUGACCAAGCCGAUUCGCCAGGCGGUGCCAAGGACGCUGCCAGCAAGCGUGCCCGAAAGACAGCCGCUCAGCGCUCGAUGGAGAUGAAGGAACGUGACCUGCGUGUCCUCAUCCGGGGUAUUCAACGAUGGGGCGACAUCCGCUACAAGACGGAUCCCAUCAUCAAGGAAGGCAAGCUGCAGGACAAGAACCGGCAGGUGCUCUAUCAGAUCUCCGACGAGCUGGUCAAGAGGUGCGAAGAUGCCGUCGCUGAACACCAGGCUUUCAUGAAGGGCAAGCAGGAGCGUGGUGAAGAGAUCUCCUCCGCCCUCCGUCAAAAGGCAGUACUCGUAUCUUGCCGUGGCAUCACCGCUAUCAAUGCCGAGACGGUGCUCAUCCGACACUACGACUUGCGCCUUCUUGCCGAGACUCUGGACAAUGUCGAGGAUCCACUUGAGUGGCGUGUCCCUUCUGAGCAUCUCAAGGCGACACUCAACUGGGCUGGUGGAUGGGAUGCCACCGACGAUGCCAUGUUGCUUGUCGGCAUCUGGAAGUACGGCUUUGGUGCAUGGGAACAGAUCGAGGCCGAUCCUGAUCUCAACAUGGCCGGCAAGUUCUUCUUGGAGGAGGGUAAGAAAGCCAACCAGGAGCCUCACACUGUUGAAAAGGAUGCACCCAAGAGCGGCACUUCAGGCCCUCCUCAGAGCAAACCUCGACCGAUUCCAAACGCGAUUCACCUUGUCCGUCGUGGAGACUACCUGCUCAAAGUGCUGCGCGAGUACGACGACAAUGCCAAAGCCUACCAGAAGAGCUUGACCGACGCAGGCGGGAGCAAAGCCGGCAAAAAGGUGCGCAAGAGCACUUCGCCAACUCACUCGCCUGCUCCAACUGGCAAAGCGGGACGUGGUGGCGCAGGAGCAGCAGCAGCAGCAGCAGCAGCAGCAGCAGCAGGAGGAGGAGGAGGAGGAGGAGGAGGAGGAGGAGCAGACAAGAAACGACCUGCGCCGGCCUACUCGUCGGAUUCGUCGGAUGAGAGCGAGUACUCGAGCAUGGACGAGGCGGAAUGCAAAGAGCUGAUGCGACCCUGCAAGAAGCAACUCAAGAGGUUACGAGACGGCACGGAUCAUCUGGAGCGUGACCAGAAGGUGUCUGUCCUCAAAGACUGCCUGUCUGCAAUCGGAGGCCAUAUUGACCAUCUGCUGGAGACCAAGUUUGCAAGCUUGUCGGCCAAGGACAAGGAUCGAUGGUUCCACCACCUUUGGGCCUUUUCUGCAUUCUUCUGGCCAAAGAAGGUCAAGCCGUCGAAACUAAGGGCCAUCUUUAACAAGCUUGUCAUCAACGGACGCGCAACAUCCACUCCUGCGGCCGCACCAGCAGCAACGAGCGGUGGAGCAGGAUCGCCGACUGCAAGCACACGUCUCAAAUCCGAGUCGCUAACAGAAGGAGCGACUGGAAACGGCAACAGCGACACGCCUGUCCCUGCGUCUGCCACUGCGUCUGCCCCUGCGCCUGUGCCUGCUCCUGUGCCUGCUCCUGUGCCUGCUCCUGCGACAGAAGUCAAACGAAAGGCGAAUGCAUUGCAAGAUGCUCCGAUCCCCAAGAAGCCGCGUACAUCGAUGGAGCCAUCGUCGGGUGGACGAGGAUAUGGUAACGGCUAUGGAGGAUCGCCUAGCAGUGCCAAUCUGCCCUGCUCGCAGCCUUACUAUCCGCCCAACGGACACCACUACGGGAGCGGACGUGAUUCCUAUCCACCAGCAUACCCUGAACGCCGAGACUCGGGAUACAGAGAGGGACGUGAUCGAGACUAUCGGGAUGCAAGGUAUGCUUAUCCACCGCCACCGCCUCCUCCUUGUGCAAGUGCCAGCUACCAGCCAUCGUAUCCACCGCCACCUCCACCUCCGCACAGCUAUGAUUACCGACGUUGA